UCUGUUGCCCUUUGCCCUGGACGCAUGAAGCUCAACCCAGUCGACUUUCUUCACGAGUUUGUGAUAAUGUUUUGGACUGUGGACCGCAGUACACGUGCAUUUCUGAUGUGGAUUUUUGUUAGUCAGCAGCAGAGAGGGACCUAUUGGAGAAUCACAGCCUACCAUUUCUGUUAAUGAUCACCGCUUCCCUUGACAUGAGGACACUGGAACGUGUGCUCUCUCAGUAGUUGGGUUGUGGUCUGACAGUGAGGGUGUAGCUGAAGCCACUCUGGGUUUACAGAUUUAAUCGCUUUCUGCCUUCAGAGGACCUUACUGAAGGGCAGUCAUGCGCCUGAUAGGUUCCACUGUCCUUUUCUCUGUCCUGCUGCAGGCUAUGUCUACUCCAACAGAGGACUGGCACACGGCCACAUCUAUUUAUGACUUCUCAGCGACGGAUAUUGAUGGCAAUGUGGUUUCCCUAGAAAAAUACAGGGGGGAUGUUGUCAUCAUCACCAAUGUUGCCUCUAAAUGAGGUAAAACUCCAGUAAACUACUCUCAGUUUGCAGAGAUGCACGCCAAGUACUCUGAGAGAGGUUUACGCAUCCUUGCCUUCCCUUCUAACCAGUUUGGGAACCAGGAACCCGGCAAUGAAACUCAGAUCAAGCAGUUUGCCCAUUCCUACAAUGCUCAGUUCGACAUGUUCAGUAAGAUUGAUGUGAAUGGGGCCAAUGCUCAUCCCUUGUGGAAGUGGCUGAAAGAGCAGCCCAAUGGGAGAGGCUUCCUGGGAAGUAGCAUCAAGUGGAAUUUCACCAAGUUUUUGAUCAACAGAGAAGGUCAGGUGGUGAAGAGAUAUGGACCCCUGGAUGAUCCAAGUGUGGUGGAGAAGGAUCUUCCCCGAUACCUUUAAACAUCUAAUAGAUGAAUGAUGCUUCCUGAUACUCUGUCCAUUUUGACCAAUUCCUUUCUGUGCCUCUCCAAGCACCAGGGGAUAUAGUUUGGGUCCACCCCAGACCAGUGACGGUCUGUCCAUAAACCUGCAUGGCGG